AUGGCAGGAAACACCACAACACCAACUAGCAGUACUGUAGGAGGAAACAGUGACGUGGCUAGGCUUCAGUUGAGAAUCCAAGAACUCGAAGCACAAUUAACGGCAAAACAACCCAAGACACCCAAGCCUCAAAUCUUCGACGGAAAACGAUCGGAACUCAAGAAUUUCCUCACGCAAAUGGACAUGCAUGUAGCAAUCAAUGCAGUGUCACUCGGAACCGAAGAAUCCAAGGUAGUCUUUGUGGCAACGUGCCUCACUGGAGAAGCGUUUCAAUGGAUCGAACCAGUGCUUAGGGAAUACUACAACAGUGAAAAGAAGGAUUGGAGCGACCACACUAAGGAAAUAUUGGGAUCCUUCAAGACGUUCAAGGAAAAGUUUCAACUCGCGUUUGGCAAUAUCGACGAGGCAAGAAAUGCAGAAAGACAACUACGACAAUUACGACAAACAGGAUCUGCACGACAACUAGCAAUCAAGUUCAAACAGAUCGCCAUGAUACUCGAUUAUAGUGACGACGUACUCAUUGCAAUGUUUGAAAACAUGCUAAAGGAAGACGUUCAAGUAGAACUCAUCAAGAUGGAUCGACCAGACGAUAUCGACGAAUUUAUCGAACAAGCCGUCAAGAUCGACGACAAGCUGUACGAAAUCAAGCAAAAACGACAAGAGAUACAGGGAUGGAGACGCCACGGGACGGCGCUACCAGCAAAUCAACGACGACAUAGGUCAGGCAAUCAUGGGCAGAGACGACACGACCCAUAUGGACCAAUGCCAAUGGAACUCGAUGCAACCGCAGAAGCAAAAAACUAUGAAAAGAAGAAAGUCAGGUUCGACAAAACAACUGUCAAAUGCUACAACUGUGACAAGAUGGGACACUAUGCAAGAGAAUGCAGAAGCCCAAAGAAAGAAAGACAGAUUAAAGCAACUCAAGAUAAUGGCUUCAACGAAGAAGACCAGGACGGAUAUGCCGAAUGGGACAACAAUUACGGCGUUAACGACUACCAGAACGACAGGGACAUAUGCAGCAGUUUCAGCGGAACAGAAAGCGAAACGAACCUUCACCUCACAACGAUGCACGCAUGGGACUACGAAGAGGUAGAAGAUGAACACAAUAGGGUUGACGAUUAUCCGGAAAUCGAUAACGAGCCUGAGAGCCAGUAUCAGGAUGCUCAAGAACGGCCAGAAACAGAAAUCCCCACAGACGACGAAUGGGAAGAAAUUAAAGCACUAGGAAACCCAUGUGAAUCAGAUUGUCAAGUGCUAUACAAAGACCCGAAACAUCCAGGGCAUGGAUCCAUUGCAUUUAUCUUCUGUAAUGACGAUUGGUGCAGUGUGCAUCUGGGUGCGAAGCAAGGGAGUGGAUAUUUUCCAAAACCACACCAAGAGAUAAAGCCAGAAAACUGCAAAUGGCUAAGAAGGGACAACGAAGGACCCUCAAGGAUCAGUUUGGCGAAAACUGACGAUACCGCUAUGCCCAAUACAGCGAAGCAGUCGGCAGGGACUGGGGACACGAAUGAGGCCCGAAAGCCUGAAGGACCAAAGCGAAGACAACGAACACUAGUACCGCUAAGGAACGAUGAGGAAAGUCCAGAGGAAGACAGUAACACUACGAGACAGCGAAAGAUUGAAAACGACAUAAAGCAGUUAAUGCGCGAGUGGACUACACUACGAAAAGAAGAAAUCGAACGAAUCGGAGAAGCAAAAAACUUGAAAGCCACCGCACACGGACGACACUUCAAGAUAACGGCCAAUAUCUUGGGAAGUGACGUACGAAUCAUGAUUGAUUCAGGAGCGACAGGGAACUAUAUGGACCCAAGGACGCAAGAAAAACUGCAGAUACUAGGACGAAAGAAACCUACACCGAUACCGUUGACAGGGCUCAAUGGGGAGAAACUGUCAGAAGAAGGAAUCACCGACGAAACAGGGUGGUUAGCUAUGAGCAUUGACGGACACCUCGAGAUGAUCAACUUUGAUAUUGCGAAACUAGGAAGAGACGACGUAAUCCUAGGAAUACCAUGGUUGAGAAAGCACAACCCAGAGAUCCAAUGGGAUAAAGGACACCUACAUUUGACGAGAUGUAGAUGCGGAACAACCCGGACUAUAAAAGCCUCUGAGACGACAGAGAGCCAGGAGAUCGACAUUCAGGAAACAAUGGAUACUCCUCAACAGGAUGAGACCAAGGGCAGGGUCAUCGCUGAAGUCACGGAAAAGAUUACGCUGCACAAAGAGCAAGAGAUGUUCAGGGAACUCUUAGAGAAAGCGGCAAAGGAACGACAACUCGCAAGCAGUACGAACGUUGCGUUACCAACAGAAUACGAGCAGUUCAGAGAUUUGUUCGACGGAACAUACCAGGCCUUACCAGACCACAGUGAAUGGGAUCAUACUAUUCCACUCAAGGAAGGAAAAGAGCCAAUACCUCAGAAGAUUUACCCAGUGUCGGGAAAUGAAGAAGAAGCUCUGAAGAAAUACAUCGAAGAAAAUCUAGAAAAAGGGUACAUACGACCAUCGACAUCACCAGCAGGAUACCCAGUACUAUUCGUCAAAAAGAAAGGAACAACAGAAUUGAGAAUGUGUGUUGACUUUCGGCAACUCAACAACAUUACAGUUAAGGACAGUUACCCCUUACCACUGAUCACAGAAAUACAAGAUAAAGUUCGAAACAAGAAAUGGUUCACUAAACUUGAUAUCACCGACGCGUAUAAUCGCCUCAGGAUCAAGGAAGGAGAAGAAUGGAAAACAGCAUUCAAGACCAAGUUUGGACAUUUUGAAUAUUUGGUCAUGCCAUUCGGACUCACCAACGCACCAGCAACAUUCCAGAGAUACAUCAACAAUGUAAUCUCACCAUAUUUGCACGACUUUACCAUCGCUUACUUGGAUGACAUUUUAAUAUUCUCCAACAGCAUGGAAGAACAUGUGAAACACGUGAGAUUAGUACUCGAACAACUGAAAAUGGCAAAACUACAAGUGAAACUGAAAAAGUGCGAAUUCCAUGUACAAGAAACUGACUUCUUGGGACACAGGAUUACACAAGAAGGAAUACAGACAGAAAAAGAGAAAGUUCAGGCAAUCAAGGAUUGGCCUCAACCAAGGAACCUCAAGGAACUACAGUCAUUCAUUGGAUUGAUCAAUUACUAUCGACGAUAUAUUGAAAACUACGCAAAAAUCAUGACACCGAUGUUCAAAUUACUGAAAAAGGAAAUACCAUAUGAGUGGAAAGAAGAACAACAAAAAGCAUUUGAAGAAGCCAAAAAACGACUCACAACGGCACCUAUUUUGGCACAACAUGACCCCGAAUUACCAACAACAUUGGAAACAGAUGCAUCAGACUUUGCGAUUGGAGCAACCAUGACUCAACCAGGAACAGAUGGAAGACCCAGACCAGUUGCAUACUACUCAAGAAAGCUCAUCGACGCAGAACUCAAUUACGAGAUACACGAUAAAGAACUGUUGGCUAUAGUGUCAGCACUUCGGCAUUGGAGAGUAUAUCUCGAAGGAGCAACAUUUCCGAUACGAAUCAUUACGGAUCACAAGAACCUUACCUACUUCACGACAACAAAGGUAUUGACAAGAAGACAAGCCAGAUGGUCAGAACUAUUAGGAAAUUACUGGUUUACUAUCGAACACUGCAAAGGCAAGGAAAACGAAAGAGCAGACGCUCUCAGCAGACGACCAGAUCACGAAGAAGGAAUCAAGAAACCCGAACCAGCAUUGCUACGACUAAACAAAGAAGGACACUUGGAGUAUAAUCCACAAGUGGCUACACUCGCGGCAACGGCAGAAACAACAACGGAUUCAGAAUUACAAGACAAAAUCAUUGAAGAGACGGCCAAGGACGAUUUAAUUCAGUCUUUGAUCGAAAACGAAGACGACAAAGUUACGGCAACAGAGACAGGAUUAGUAUUUUGGCAUGGUUUAAUCUAUGUACCAAAAUCACUAAGAAACGAAAUCAUUCGACUCAACCAUGACACUUUAACUAGCGGUCAUCCAGGACAACUCAACACAAUGGAACGAAUCACCAGGAAUUACUACUGGCCACGAAUGAUGAAAGACAUCGAAACCUAUAUCAAGGAAUGCGAUGCAUGUCAGAAAAACAAGAUCAGCAGACACCAACCAUACGGAUUACUACAGGAAAUCAAAGCACCAGAUUACCCAUGGCAAUGGAUUACGAUGGACCACAUUGUCAAACUACCAGAAUCACGAGGAUGUGAUGCUAUUCUAGUAAUAGUGGAUAGAAUGACGAAAUACGCACACUUCAUACCAACAACAGAAGGAACCAACGCUGAAGAACUAGCAGAAGAACUGAUAGACGGAGUGUUUCAACACCAUGGAAUACCAGAGAUCAUCAUCUCAGACAGAGGACCUACAUUUGCAUCAAAACUAUGGAAAUCAAUGAUGGACCUUAUGGGAGGAGAGCAACGACUAUCAACAGCAUUUCACCCACAGACGAAUGGACAAACAGAAAGGACAAACCAGACAUUGAUACAAUAUCUACGGCACUAUGUGAAUCACCAUCAGGACAACUGGGCAGAACUACUAUCUAUGGCUCAGCUGGCAUACAACUCGGCAAAACAUUCGACAACCGGUGUAUCACCAUUCUUUGCAAACCACGGACGAGAACCACGAUUAAUGGGACAACCAAAGUUCAAGGAAUCAGUCAACGCUACAGCAGAAGAAAAAGUACAGCAAAUGAAGGCGUUAUAUUUCUAUCUUCACACGGAAAUCAUCAAUCAAAACAAGCUUACAACGGGCUAUUACAACGAAAAACAUCAGAAGGGACCUGACUUCAAAAGGGGGGAGAAAGUCUACCUUUCACGAAAAAACAUUCAAACUACCAGACCAAGCGACAAACUCGAUCACCUACGGAUUGGACCAUUUGAAAUUGAGGAAAAGAUUAGCGAAGUCAACUACAAACUGAAACUACCCAAUACUAUGAGAGUACAUCCAAUUUUUCAUAUCUCAUUAUUGGAACCAGCACCACAGAACGCUAAAACACAGGAGGAAAUCACUAUCGAACAAGAAACCUAUGAAGUUGAAAGCAUAUUAGCGGAGAAAGAAUCACCAGACGGGAAACUCUAUUACCUAGUUAAAUGGAAGGACUACAGCACCAAGGAAAGCACCUGGGAACCUAUUGAGAACCUUGUUGGAGCUGAGGAAGUUCUAGAGAGGUAUCGCCGACGGCAUCCAACGAACCGGAGGGAAAUUGUUCAGAACUGGCGAGCCACGCGUCAAACUCCUCGACGGUCGCAGCAAGAGCACGGGAUUCCAGUUGUUCUCUCAUAA